AUGUCAUCCAUGCCUUACAAACUUCUGCAGCAAAUAAGGGAGACCAGGCAAGACCCCCUGCUGCUGUGCGAAGACUCCCUGUGCGCUGACUCCCUGUGUGCUGACUCCCUGUGCGCUGACUCCCUGUGUACAGACCCCCUGCUGCUGUGCGAAGACUCCCUGUGCGCUGACUCCCUGUGUGCUGACUCCCUGUGCGCUGAGUCCUUGUACUCGAUGCUGGUGUGCGCUGACUCCCUGUGCACAGACUCCCUGCUGGUGUGCGCUGACUCCCUGUGCACAGACCCCCUGCUGGUGUGCUCAGACUCCCUCGCUCCGCACACGCUGGCACCGUGCGUUCUGGUGCAAGGGGACUCCGUGCUGGCAUGUGCAGACCCCCUGCUGCUGUGCGAAGACUCCCUGUGCGAAGACUCCCUGUGUGCUGACUCCCUGUGCGCUGAGUCCUUGUGUACAGACUCCCUGUGCGCUGAGUCCUUGUACUCCCUGCUGGUGUGCGCUGAUUCCCUGUGCGCAGACUCCCUGCCGGUAUGCGUAGACCCCCUGCUGGUGUGCGCAGACUCCUUGUGUACAGACUCCCUGUGCUCUGACUCCUUGUGUGCAGACUCCCUGCCGAUCCUUCCCUUCCUGUACUGCCUCACUGACAGUCACGACAGCUAA